CUUUUUUUUAGUUUAAAAGUUCCUAUUUUCCAUAGAGCAUCUACGGCUAUGUAAAUGGACCGGGCACGACAGCGCAAGUUCCCGAUCGUAAACUGACAUUUCAUUCAUCUUUCUCGUUCUUGCACAUAACCAAUAAUAGGUUUUCUCUUGCUAAUUUACUUUCUGUCGUUUUGACAUUAAAUCGGUUCGGUUUCGGUCUCGGUCGUUCAGUUUCAGUUUAUUACUUUUGUUAGUUUACGUUUAGUUUUAUGAGAUUCGUGUACAGUGAGAGGUGUGUGUUAACGUGUUUUUCUCUCAAAACAAACAAUACAUCACUGAAAAUAUAUAAAACGACGGAUGUUUUUACUGAAUUUAUAGUUCAUUGAAAGUGACUUUACUCUGGUUGUAGUGUUUUCCUUUGAAGGAUAAUUUGUUUUCUUCAGUGGCUCCUGUCAGACGGUUGACUCAUACUUUCGAUAUCUUCGAAUAAGAUAUCAAGCCCCGAAAAUGAUUGCAACCUUUUAGACCUUUCUAGAUAUCUGCCGGCAUCAGAUAUCUAUCGAUAAUGGCCCGGGCAAAAAUCAAAGCAGAACCGACCGUCGAAAACAGAGCUACCUUAAAUGCCACCAGUUUUUUUUUGACAUGUCUCUUCCUGAGUUUGACCGUCAGUCUAUCGGAUGGCGGCAACGCUUUCACCAACAGCUUGGACAAAAUUACGAAGAACUUGAAGGUAGCGCUGGACGAUCUCAGGAGGUACAUGCCCAAUUAUACGGAUUAUGUGGAUACUCGGACUUACCUUUCCGGUGGAGUUUCUUUCAAUCCCAAAGGAAUGGCUGGAUUGUAUAACAUAACUACACAGCUCAUGAAUGUUAUACUUCCUCCUGAUUUCCUUAUGGAAGAUUUAAUAACAUGGCAUCAAGGCGAAAAUUACUACUAUGUCGAGCUAAACGAGAACGUUUCCAUUACCGAAGUACUCAAAUACUACUGGCCAUUGAUUUUGGUUUUGGUGAUUUUGGUACUGAUAACCGUAUUGGUACCAAUUGUAGGGUUGUUCUUCUGUUGCUGUAGAUGUUGCGGCAAUUGUGGUGCUAGGACGAAACCGUGUGAUAAAAGAAGAGAUUUGUGCAAGAAAGUGUUUGAAGGUGCUCUCUUAAUUAUACUGGGAACUGCUCUUCUGUUUUGUGUGGUAUGUGCUUUUGCAAGCAAUCAACAAAUCCAAGAAGGAACAGAUGAAUUACCUACUAACGUUAGAAAUAGCUACAAAGACUCUAUUCACUAUUUGGACAGUACGAGAGAUCAAGUCACAAAUCUUCUUACAAACAAUUAUAAACAAUUCGCAGUUGUUUUUAAGGAUACUGUGCAAAAAUCUGGAGUACAUGUGAUGCAGCAACUGAAUAUUUGGAGCAAUGCAACAGCAAUGAUGGAUUUGUAUAAUUUCGUAGAAGCAAUACCAAAUAUCACAGAACAAUUAGGGAAAUUAAAAGAUUAUACCAAUAGUUUAAGAGCAAUGGCUUCUCAACUAAAUGAUGCGAUGAGAAAAGUUAAACGAGAUUUACUACAACUCCUAAGAAAUUGCAGUUUGGAAUCAUGCAUAAAUAUUCAAAAACAAAUUGCAAGUUUACAAACUAACAUAGAUUUUAAUAGACUUCCUGAUGUUACACCGGCGAUGGAGGUACUUGGCAAAUUAAACCUAAAUCUAUUGAAAACUGCGGCUGAAGAAGGAAAAAAUAAGCUUGAUAAUAUUGAAAGGCAAAUUACCAGUAGUCUAAACGAUACAUUAAAACAAGCUCUGGUGAAAGUUGAAGAUGCUGGUAGAAAGAUACAAACCCAUUUGAAUAACAUUACACAAGUGAUAUCGGACAUACAAAGGCAAAUAAAUCGUGGAGAAAAUACAUUGGAGGACAGUUUUGCUUAUCUGGUGUACUAUUCUCCAUACCGUUAUUACGGAGGUUUGGCAAUAAGUUGUGUAUUACUGAUCAUAACCAUCUGUAUUGUUCUUGGUUUGAUUUGCGGAAUAUGUGGUAAACGACCAGAUGGGUACAGUGAUAAUUGCUGCAACAAGGGUGCCGGUGGUCAGUUCUUAAUGUGUGCUGUAAUGUUGAUGUUCAUAUUUUCUCUUGUCAUUGGAGCCAUAACGCUAGGAACCUUGAUACUCGGCAUGGUCGGAGACAGGGGCGUCUGUUAUCCUUUAAGGCACCCAGGGAACUCGAAAGUAUUAAGUGUUGUUGAUGAUUACAUCGUAAAAUCCUACCGGUUUCGUGAUGCUGGUCUAGAUAUUAGUGCCAGUACUAUCUUGAAUUUGUGCUACAACAAUGAGAGUAUCUAUAAAGUUUUCAAUCUGGCAAACAAAUUUAACGUUGAUGAUCUCGCAAAACAAUUUAAUGUGUCAUCAAUUUUGGAUACCAUUGAAAAUCAGUUGGACAAAAUUGUCGAUCCCCAUUUCACCAUUUUAAAUAACACGAAUAUAAAUAUACUGAGGAAUUUGUCCCGUUUUGAUCCAGGGAUCAACUUUGAUCAUUUUCAAGAUGAGUUGAGAGAGAACUUUACGAAUAUGAGUCUGAAAAAAUUAUCGGAUGUAUUGCAAAGCCUUGUAGAUCAAAUGGACGGUAAUCCAGCUUAUUUGCCGCUUCAGUCUGGAUUAAAACUAAGCAUUCUUCAUGUAACAACCUAUGAUGAAAAGAUUUUGGCUCCGAUGAGGACAAGAGCCCAAGAAGCGAUGAAUAUUGCUCUAAGUUUGGAUUUACAAAUCAAAAUGAACUCUACCACUUUUUCGGAAGCAAUUCAUAAUCUUGUAAAUGAAAUUGAAGAAGCUCAACAUAAAUUGAGAGAAGACGGUUCAAAAAUGCUAAUCAAUGCUGCCACUUCUUUUGGAGAUAUAGUGAAAGAUCAGGUUCAGAGUUAUAUACAACGGGUCAUACAUGUAACUAAGUUUAAGUUGGGACAAUGCGGACCUUUGAAUGUUGCCAUAAAUUCUACAGUGACAUCUGCUUGUGACAAAAUCCUUUUACCAUGGAAUGGAUUUUGGGUUUCGUUGUUUAGCAGUUUAUUACUUUUCAUACCAACCAUUAUAGUGUCGGUGAAAUUAGCAUCGCUUUAUCAAAAAUACAAACAGUACGGACAAUAUGUCGAAACCGAAUAUUUGUAUGAUGUCUAUGCUGACCGUGGGGACAGUGUUCCCUUGCACAGUCGCGGAGGUAGCAAAUCUAGAGGAGGUAAAAAGAAGAGAAAAGGAAAGAAGCCCGAGGACAGGCAUCAAAUGGGAGAAAUAGUAACUGCAGCAAAUCAACCUCCAGAUUCUAGAUAUGCAGAUAUGGCACCCAAGCACUGGGAAGAAUUCCCCAAUGGAGGUCCGCCACAAUACCAAAGAGCUCCGACAGAGUAUGAAAGACCACCGCCAUAUUAUUACCCAGGAUCUGCCGAGCAAUAAGACUUCAACAUCGCUCUCUUAGUUAGUAAGUAAAAAAAAAAGAAAAAUUCUACAGACUGAUUUUGAAUCUACAUCAUCACACUUUAUUUUUAAAAUAAAGGUCACCAUUAUUGCAUUUAUAGACAUUUAGUUUAUCAAAAUUUUGCUAUUUUAAAGCCUAUUUUCAAGGUACAAGUUUGUUGCAAGACAUUUUUAUUUACUGCGCAUGCCAUAGGCAUGUUUGUGGAAAGUUUCAUGCCAUGUAGUUUCCGUGCACUUUGAUAACAUUUUUUUGAUACCAACCCGGGAAAAAUUACUAGCGGUUAUUGGGAAUUGUGCAUACAGUAUACAUUAAUCUGAGUUGCAAUUGUAGUUUUAUUUGAGGCUUCAAAAAUUUUAGAUUAGGUUGGGCAAUAAAAUUGUCCUCUUGCAAGAUAACAUCAAACUUGCAACAGGUUUGGCCCAUGAAAAGCGGCUUUAAUACAUUAAAACAAAAUGUCAUUUAGCUCAAUUCUGAUGGAGAUUUUUGUGUUUUUAACAAAAAUUGUUCAGUGCUCGAUGAACAAUCAAAUUAGUUAAAAAUAUUGUUAUUGUGAUAUUUUUAGAUUUCUAAUUAAUUUGUUUGGAUAUGAAUCUCUCUUUAGUUUUCUAGUUAUUAGGAAAUAGUUUAGGAAAGAACUGUUUAAAUCCCUAGAUGAAUGGAAACCGAAUGUUUCAGAAUGUGCUAAUUUUCUGCAUGUAGUAAAUUUAUUAUUUAUGGAAUAAAUGUUAGAGGUAAACAUAUCAAACAAGGUCAAUAGGAAAAUAUUAAGACAAAAUAUUUAGUCUAUCACCACUGCUUUGCUUGAUUACUACAUAUUUACUAGUACUACCCAUUUUAAAAAUGUCGGUGCUUUAAAUUUGGCGGUCACUUUGACCGGCUGCGUUAGUGUGUAAUUACUAAAAAUCUUGCGAAAAAAAUAUGUAGUAAUUAUAAAACAUAACCUCGUUAUUUUGACAUGUUGCAGCCGGUUUUAUUCUGUCGGUCAAUCCUUGUUUUGGGUUUAUCAUUAAAUUAUCUUUUAAGUGUGUUGCAAAAGCAGUGUGUGAUCAUAGUAUUACAUAACAUCAUAAUACGAUAUGUUCAGGCGUUGCACAAUACAAAACGCUUCCUUUUAGUUAAUUUUCACAGACGAAAAGUGUGGUAGGCUCGUAAAAAUGUGAUUUUAAAUAUGUGGCAAUCAAUCAAAGCAGAGGUGGAGGUACUGUAGACUAAUUUAGUUUGUUGUAAUUUUUUAUUAAUUAAAUCGUUUUGUUAUUGAAACAUUCUGAAACAUUCGCGUUGGCUCCUUUUGUUUAGGAUACUCUGUCCAGUUUUCCCCCUGUAAACUGCGCCAGCCAAAUUUCUAAAAUGUCGAAAUUUGGCUAAAUUUGGAGCGAUCGAUGUUUGAUAAUAACAUCGACAUCUCAGAUAAAAGCUAGUCAGUGAACAAAUUUUUUGUGCAAUGAAUAGUUUGGUAUUGUUAUGCCAAUUUUUAGCAAUUUUACGCACUAUCGAGGUUUUUUGUAAAUCAAAACAUAUUCGUCCAUACUGAUACAGGAUAUCGUGUGCCAUGACCAAUUUAAGAAACAUCGUUUUUAUUCAAUAAUUGGUAAUACACAUACGUUUAGGAGAAAUAGAGGUGGUUCUAAAUAAUCUACAGGGUGUACCAAUCUUGCGGAAAAGUUCGAUAUUAUCCUUGUAAGAGAUAUUAAAAAAUGUAUUAACAA